UUAGCCCCUCGCGCUGGUGCCGCUGGCUCCGGCAAAAAGCAGCGAGUGACUCAUAGCCCCGCCGUUCGCCACACAGCAUUUUAAAUAAGGGAACCGGAGCAGCCAAUGUACGGCUGGUCUCUACGGGGAGGCAGUCGUGGCGGAUGGCUGCCUGCAGGAGGAGCAGGAAGCUGCUGCACUGAAGAGGAGGAGGCGGCGGCGGCGGCUAAGGAGGAGGUAGAGGUGCUGCCUGGCACACCGCCGCCCCACCUGAGCCGCUAGCCGGGCAAUGGACACAUGUUGAGCGAUCGCCAGCGGCAGGGGAGAGGGCAAGAGGAGGCCAGCCGCCGCCGCCAGCAUCCUGUGGACCCCUGGCUGGAGGCAAGGAGCUCUCCUUCUCAGCAGCUGCGAGGUUAUGCCACGCCUCAGACUUACUGGGUUCCUGCUAAUGAAAGAGAAGGGUUGAUAUUGGCCCAAAUAUUGCAUGACGGUCCAUAGAAUAUAACCUAAGAUGGCAGCUGGAAACAUGACUCCUUUGGGAGGCAUCUUCACUACUGUGCAGCAGGAUGGUGAGGAUGUUGAGACAGUGUUCUCUGGCCCAGAGGAUGAGGAGGAUUUGGACAAGACCUUGGCUGUUGAACGGUUUGGUGACCUGAUUGGCAAGUCUGUGCUAAGAGACCAGGAGAAACAAGGCCGCAGCUACAGUGAGAGCGACUUUGAAUUCCAUCGCCAAACAUCUCACCACAUCCACCACCCUCUCUCCACUCACCUACCACCCCCACACAAGUCCCAGAAGAGGCUUCUGCAUUCUGACAGGAAGAAGAAGAAAAAGAGAAAGUCAAGGAAAACUUCUAUACCUCCCUCCAAUGUCACCCCAACCAUUCAGGAGGAAGAGGAGGAAGAAGAAGAGGAAGUAGAAUCUGAAGGGGAUGAGGUUUUGGAGAAGGAAAGCUCAGCAGAAUCUGACCUUGAGGCCUCUUCCAAAGGGGAGUCUCAUCAUGGCAAACCAAAAGGAGACCUGACAGAAGGAAGUGUGGAGUUCACCAUUGGGAGUGAGGAGGAGGAGGAAGAACAAGAAGGGGAGGAAGAGGAGGAGGAGGAAGCCCAUGACAGCCAAUGCAAUCUGUCAUUUCAUGUGGCAGAGGAAUGCAGUCAUCUCCCCCCACUCCCAUGUCUUUCUAAUCUGCUACCAGAGAAAGGAUCUACAUCUCCCAGGAGCUUCUCUGGAUACAGAGAUAACAUAUCUCGUGGAUGGGACAAGCGCAAACCUUGGAAUCAGGUGCCAAGUGGGCAGCGGUCAAAUUACGAUCUGAAGGAGAGGGUGUGUAUUGGCAGCAUGACUGCUGUGGAGAGUGCCACAUAUCAGCGAAUCCCUACAGAUGAAGCUGAGGCUCAGAUGCUGGCUUCUGCUGACCUUGAUGAUAUGAAAAGCCAUCGUUUUGAAGAUAAUCCAGGAGUAAGGAGACAUCUAGUAAAGAAACCCUCUCGGAACCAGACUACCAGAAGCAGCAAAAAGUCUUUGUCUUCACAAUCUGUGAAGAAAAAGAAGAAGAAGAAGAAGCUUGACAGGAAACCUCACGAGGUAUUUGUGGAGCUGAAUGAAUUAGUUGUGGAUAAAAACCAAGAUAUGCACUGGAAGGAGACAGCACGCUGGAUCAAAUUUGAAGAGAAUGUAGAGGAGGAUACAGCACGCUGGGGGAAGCCUCAUGUGGCCUCACUUUCCUUUCGCAGUCUUCUGGAGCUCAGGAAGACUAUUGCCCAUGGUGCUGUUCUGCUGGAUCUGGAGCAAACAACAUUACCCGGUAUUGCUCACCUGGUAGUUGAGACCAUGAUAAUCUCAGACCAGAUCAAGGCUGAAGACAGAGCCAAUGUGCUGAGGGCCUUGCUGCUCAAGCAUAGUCAUCCCAAUGAUGAGAAGGAGGCAUUCUUCCCCCGGAACCAUUCCAACUCCAGUAUGAACUCUAUGGUAGGAAACCACCACCACAACCACACCACUGACACGUGCAUGCCAUUGAUGGGGGAAGACCACAUUGAGAUGACAGAGCCCAGAAUCCAUGACCCUGACUUCAGAGAGAAAAGCAUGCACCUUCAUAGCAAUGAGGGACAUCGUGGCAGAUAUCUGAAGCUGAUGGAGAAGAUUCCUGAUGAUGCUGAGGCCACUGUGGUACUUGUUGGUUGUGUUCAGUUUCUUGAACAACCAACAAUGGCUUUUGUUCGUUUAAAUGAGGCUGUGUUCUUGGAGUCAGUUCUGGAGGUUCCAGUUCCUGUCCGUUUCAUCUUUGUCUUACUGGGACCGAGCCAGUCCAACAUGGAUUAUCAUGAGAUUGGACGCUCCAUUUCCACCCUCAUGUCAGACAAGCGUUUCCAUGAAGCUGCUUACAUGGCAGACGACCGCCAGGACUUGCUCAAUGCCAUCAAUGAGUUCCUUGACUGUAGCAUCGUCAUCCCCCCGUCAGAAGUAGAGGGGAAGGAUUUGCUCAAGUCGAUUGCCACCUUCCAGAGGGUGCUACUGAGGAAAAGGAAAGAGAGGGAGCAGAAGAAGGUUGCCAAAGAAGGGAAUGUCCAGGAAGCCAAAGAGCUGUGUGAGGUGAAAAUCGAGGAGGAAGAGGAGGGUGAAGAAGAGGAUGACCCUCUGAGGCGUACUGGCAUUUUCUUUGGUGGUUUGGUGCGAGACAUAAAGCGCAGGUACCCCAAGUAUCUGAGUGACCUCAGAGAUGCCCUGCACAGCCAGUGCCUCGCAGCCGUGCUAUUCAUCUACUUCGCUGCUCUCUCUCCUGCCAUCACCUUUGGGGGACUGCUAGGUGAGAAGACAGAAGGCCUCAUGGGUGUUUCAGAGUUGAUCAUCUCCACAUCAGUGCUGGGUGUGCUCUUUUCUCUGCUGAGUGCUCAGCCUCUUCUUGUCAUUGGCUUUUCAGGGCCCCUGCUGGUCUUUGAAGAAGCUUUCUAUAAGUUCUGCCAGAGCCAGGGCAUUGAGUAUCUAACAGGCCGGGUGUGGAUUGGCUUCUGGCUCAUCGUCUUUAUUGUCAUCAUUGUGGCUGCUGAGGGCAGCUUCCUAGUGCGCUACAUCACCCCCUUCACCCAAGAAAUCUUUGCCUUCCUCAUCUCCCUCAUCUUCAUUUAUGAAACAUUCUACAAGCUUUACAAGAUAUUUACAGAGCACCCACUUCUGAAGUUCUACCCACCAUAUCUUCAAAGCCGUCUAAAUGCCACUUCAUUUUCUACUGAUUCCACAACCCUGGACACCCAAAUGCAGCCCAACACUGCCCUGCUGUCCCUCAUCCUCAUGCUGGGGACCUUUUUCAUUGCCUUUUUCAUGCGCAAGUUUAAGAAUAGCCGAUUUCUGGGAGGGAAGGCUCGACGAAUCAUUGGAGAUUUUGGAAUCCCUAUCUCCAUUUUGGUCAUGGUUCUGGUAGAUUACACAAUCACUGAUACAUAUACACAGAAACUGAAUGUCCCCUCAGUGCUGUCAGUCACAGCCCCAGAGAAGCGUGGCUGGUUCAUCCAUCCAUUAGGCAGCAAGCAGGCUUUCCCCAUGUGGAUGAUGUUUGCUUCUGCCAUCCCUGCCCUGCUAGUCUUCAUUCUUAUCUUUAUGGAAACCCAGAUCACAACCCUGAUUGUCAGCAAAAAGGAACGGAAGCUGAUAAAGGGGUCAGGAUUCCAUCUUGAUUUGCUCCUCAUUGGUACAAUGGGAGGGCUCUGUGCUCUUUUUGGACUGCCAUGGCUCACAGCUGCCACUGUCCGCUCGAUCACCCAUGUUAAUGCUCUCACUGUCAUGAGCAAGGCCAUUGCACCUGGCGAGAAGCCAAAGAUUGAGGAAGUGAAGGAGCAGCGUGUGACAGGAGUGCUCAUUGCUAGCCUUGUUGGCCUGUCCAUUGUCAUGGGGAGUGUAUUGCGCCAAAUCCCACUGGCUGUGCUGUUUGGGAUUUUCCUGUAUAUGGGUGUGACAUCGCUGACUGGCAUCCAGCUCUAUGAGCGGCUCCUCCUUAUCUUCAUGCCAUCCAAACAUCACCCUGAUCAUGUCUAUGUUGUCAAGGUGAAGACAUGGCGAAUGAACCUCUUCACAUGCAUCCAGUUGGCCUGCAUUGUGCUAUUGUGGGUGGUGAAAUCCACAGCAGCAUCGUUGGCUUUCCCAUUUGUCCUGAUCAUGACAGUCCCUCUGAGACGGUUCCUACUGCCACGUUUCUUUCAAGAGAGAGAACUCAAAGCGCUGGACUCAGAGGAUGCAGCACCAAACUUUGAUGAAGAUGGGCGGGACGAAUAUAACGAACUUCACAUGCCUGUAUGAGACCUAGCAUAUGUUCACUGGCCUUCAUUCUUCCCUGGCCUCGUGGGAUAGGCCUUCUUUCCUUAUGCUGUCCCUGACCAAGAAAAUCAGAAGUGGCUUUGAACUGGUUAUGGCUGUGAACCAUCUGGCAGCUGUCUCGUAUCUUUUAGGGAAGCACCAGCUCAGAAGGAAAUUUGGGCCAAUCAAAGCAAAAGUUGCUAUCUUCUUCUGGACACAUAAUAUGGGUCUGGACACCACCCAUAUUCCUCCUCAGACAGAUUGUGACAGUGUUGGUGCUGUGCCAGAAUAGAUACCUUAGCUGGCUCCUGUUAGUCUCCAUUGCUCAGAAGACAAGGAGACUUCACUGCUUUGCUGAGGGAGAAACAGCAACAGUUCAGCAAAGAAGAAGGAAGAGAACAAGUAGGCCCUACCAGAAAUGUCAAGUGUAAUGCUGUUCAUGCAGAGCUAGCAGAUUCCUGGGGUUGGGAGUACAACUGGUAUCUCCAUCUUGAACCUUACUCCCAUGACUAUGACCAGGAACAUCCAACAGUCUCUUUAUUCAUCUGCUGUUCUGCAUUAUGUUUAGUUGGGAGUCCAUGGAAGAUUCUGACCCCUUCUAUCUGUGGAGCAGCAGUGAUGAAUGCUCAAGAUAGCAAAUAAUAGUAUGUGCAUGUGCAGGGCCUUUUGCACUCUGGUCUGCCCUGCAAGUGUAACAUGGGAACUUGUGCAAUAUUAAUAUGCACAUGUAUGUGCUCGUGCACAGCAUGGUGCAUGUUCUCAUUAUCACUCAGGGCAGCGAUAAAGAAUAGACAGUGAUGUAUGAUGCAAAUCUUUACUCAUACAGGGAAAAGAUGAAUAUAGCAACACUUGCUUACAUAACCUGAGUACCAGGAGCAAGCUAAACUAAUAAUGAAGUGAAGACUUGCAUUAUUCAUGUAGCUGCCAUGGUCAGGAAAUUGUCACACAAUUUAUACACCACUCUUCUGGUGUCUUUCUCCAGCUUUUGACAAAGGGCAUCAUAGGAUGCAGUUAAAGAAAUGGGGAUCACAAGGAGCUCAAGUUAAAAACCUAACUUGGGACUGAAUUUGACCUUGGCUCAGGGUCUUUUUCAUGCCCAGCAGAAAAUAGGAAUUCCCAGUAUCAGUGCAGUAAGUAAGAAGCAAGAAACCUCCACAGCAUCUAAGCCAGGUAUAAACAAUUGCCCUUUAGCCUUUGUAUUUGCCUGGUUAAAUGAAUAGAAACUUCAGCCCCUUCUAUCAGAUUCUCCAGCUCCGCCUUCAAUAGGUACAGUUUUAUCUUGUUCCUACUCUAACCUCCUUCCCACAUCCCUGCUCCCCCCCCCACGUCUGUAUGAUUAUUACAUUUCUUACUAUAUUCUUUGUCAUGCAGUGAUUUCAUCUGCAGUAACAUUUUUCAUCAGGGUCAAGUCUUCAGAAUGGCCACAAUAGCCCAGCCUCAAAACUGGAAUGAGAUGUUUCUGGGAAGGUGGGUUGAGGUACUCUGCCCUGCGGCUUUAACUUUUUUUCUACUACAUGGAGUUUCUCUUCAUUAGUCCUUUGAGAGUUCAGUGGCUCCCAACUUCCUCAACUUCACCUACCAUUAAACCUCUCUGCCUCUUCUUCAUGCACCCACUUAAGUCAUCACCACCACAAACAGCUUCCCUGAUGUAUUUUACUUCAAAGGUCAUAUACAAAAAAAAAAUCAGAUUUCAUGUAAGAAUUAUGUUGUGUAAGAUACACAUCUGCUUCAGUCUCUAAAUCUGAAUAUUAUUUUUAAUACCCUUGCUUCUCUUUGGUGAGUAGCAUGUGUUCUGUCCCAUAUACGUGGCAUAGCCGAUGAGACUGAGCACGUGCACAAACACCAUGCCGCUGGAGUUCAGUGCAAGGGUCCAAAAAGCAGCUUCUCUUCCCUUAGGUCAUCACAAGGAAACUUUAAUACACCAUUAAGUCCUGUUCUGUAAAUCUGUUGUAUUAGAUUAUGUAUGUGGAAAAAUGGGGUGUUCAAAAGUGCCAGCUAUGAUUCUUGUCAUGACCACACAUAGAGCCAUCAGGCUUUAGAGUUUGGGUCAUGGUUCUAUUCUGGGCCAUGGCCCACACUCUGUUAAUAAAAUGGAGGCUGUCCCUCCCCACCUACCUCAGGGGCUGCCUGCUGUUGGCUGGAUAGUUAAGAGGCCAUAGGUAUUCCUCUGCUCAUUCCCAGCUGGCUGCCAGCCUGCCCCACCUACAGACAGUGACCUCCAGUGUGCCCUCUGUAGCCAGGAUAGGAAACCUGAAUAGUUUGAAGCAGAGCCUCUGGUACUUUGCCUGAGCAUUGCAACUCUUCUGAAUGUAAUAGGAAUGGAUAUGGCUGCACCAAUAAACCUUUCACUUAAAUGUU